GCGUGCGUAAGAGCGCGUCUAUUCGUGUGUGAGAGUAGUAAACGCAGAGUGAGGUGGCAGUCCGUCUUAAUCCACAUCGACCUGCUCACGCGCGCAUCUUUAUCUUUAUUCGUCUUCAUGUGUCGGAGCGGCGUGGAAAGACAACAUGGCAUGUGCGCGUGGAGGUGGACCGUCCCGGAUCUGAUCCGUGCUUGUCUUUGUGUUGCCUCUGAGUAAGGCGUUCAUUACAAAGUGGCUCGUGGGACUUGGCUGCUGUUGAGCAGCAACAAAAAGGACGUGCGCGCGCGUUCAUGGGGACGCGACUUUGACAGCUCCUCAGUCUCCAGUCUUGUAAGUUUCUCAGCGGCCGACCGUGUCUGGAGAUCAUCAUCAUCAUCAUCAUCACCCAUCAUCAUCGUCGUUCGUCGUCAUGGCGGAGGCUUCGCUCCCAGACGCACUCCCGGACCUGAACGUGGUCAUCGACCCGGACUUCGAGCCCCAGAAGCGGCCCAGGUCGUGCACCUGGCCGCUGCCGCGACCGGAUUCGAGCGCGGUGAAACCGGAGAACAACGACAUCAUCCCGGAGGAGGAGGAUGAUGAUGAGGGCGCCGCGGGCAUCCGUGUCCGUGGCUCCGGGGCGGCUGCGGAGGACCAGAGCGGCAGCGGCAGCCCCGUCGCCGACGGACCGUUCGCUUCCCCCGGUCAGGACAGCGGAGGCUCCCCGCUCUCCGCGCACUCCCCUCCGGCCGCCUUGGGCGCUCUGACUCCCGGCAGCUUGGCCGCCGCGCAGACCCCGAGGAAAGCGUCCUCCCGUCGCAACGCCUGGGGGAAUCUGUCCUACGCGGACCUGAUCACCAAAGCCAUCGAGAGCUCACCGGAGAAGAGACUGACCCUGUCCCAGAUCUACGACUGGAUGGUCCGAUCCAUCCCUUACUUCAAGGACAAAGGUGACAGCAACAGCUCUGCAGGAUGGAAGAAUUCCAUCCGGCACAACCUUUCCCUCCAUAGUCGCUUCAUCCGUGUCCAGAAUGAGGGAACCGGAAAGAGUUCUUGGUGGAUGAUCAACCCUGAGGGAGGGAAGGGUGGCAAGGCUCCGCGGCGUCGAGCAGUCUCCAUGGACAACAGCAACAAGUACACCAAGUCUGCCCGUGGCCGUGCUGCUAAGAAGAAGGCUGCCCUGCAGGCUGCUGCUGCUGCAGCUGGUGAUGGUGGUGAGGACAGCCCUUCGGGUCCAUCUAAGUGGCCUGGGAGUCCAACAUCACGCAGCAGUGAGGAGUUAGAUGCCUGGACAGACUUCCGCUCUCGAACCAACUCAAACGCCAGCACACUUAGUGGUCGGCUCUCACCCAUUUUGGCCAACCCUGAGUUAGACGAGGUGCCCGACGAUGAGCCUCCUCUUUCACCCAUGAUCUACUCCAGUCCUGGGAAGACGCUAUCUCCCGGAAACCCCACAGUUAACGGAAAGGCUGCUCCCACCGAGCUGCCCCGCCUCACAGAUUUGGCAGAAACAAUGAAAUUGACCGAUGGAAUGACAGAAGAUUUGAUGGAUGAUCUACUAGACAACAUUAAACUUGCACCAACAGCCUCUAGCCAGACCUCACAGAAUGGUCCCUCAGGGUUCAGUUUUGGUUCCAAACCCAAUGGCAUUGGUUCACCUUCCUCUACGUCCCCUCAAUCUUCCAACUCUCCUUCAAAUGGUGGAAGUAAUAACUAUGGUAACUCCAUAUUUGGCUCCCAUACAACAGGCUCCUCUCUGCGUUCGUCUCCCAUGCAGACCAUCCAGGAGAACAAGCCAACAUCCUUCUCCACCAUCAGCAUGCCCCGCUUUGGAGGUCAAAUAUUACAAGACUUGCUCAACUCUGACUGUCACAACCACAGUGAUGUAAUGAUGACCCAAUCUGACCCACUAAUGUCACAGGCAAGUGCAGUGGCUGUCAUGUCCCAGAAUUCGCGCCGUAAUGUUAUGGUCCGCAAUGAUCCGGUAAUGACUUUUGGGACCACUGGGGGACUUCAAAGCAGCCAUGAGUUGCUGCAAAGUAACAAUCAUAACCAGAGGUCUGUAAACGGAGACCUGAACUUAGCCAAUGAGGCUAACUCACUGGCUAACGCUAAACAGCAGCUCCUGCUCUCACCAGUGGGAGGAAAUGGGACUUCCUCAAUGCAGAUUGAUCCCUCAAUCUUUUUGAAUGGCACAGUCAGCAGCACUGGGGGAUGUCAAGAUCGUUUCCCCACGGAUCUUGACCUGGACAUGUUCAACGGCAGCCUGGAGUGUGACAUGGAUUCUAUAAUCAGGAAUGACCUGAUGGAUGCAGAUGGGCUAGAUUUUAAUUUUGAGUCUCUGGUCAAUAUGAACGGAGUUGGCAAUUUCACAAAUAACAAGCAGACCUCUCAAAGAUGGGUUCCUGGCUGAGAAGCAAGGAGCAGUAAAGGUCUGACCUUUGAUGUGGAAGAAAAGAUCAGACACACACCAUCCUUUUUGCCAAACCAACCAUCAGCACAAGGUCAAAUCCAAACCCCGUGUUUACAGAAGCAGACUUCCUCUCAUGAGCUUUACCUGCGCUCCUACACUGACGAACCGUGAACGAGCUGACAAACAGAGAUGCUGCACAUAAGCUCUUUAAAGACUCCUUUGCAAAAAAACAACAACAAAGAAAACAACUUAAAGCUAUGUCAAACAAUCACAGCAAACUCACGUAUAGCUUGGAAUUAUGCAAUUUUUCUUUGACAGUCAGUUUCUUGAUAUCAAAAAGACACUGCACAGAAGGGACAAAACAUCAAGCAAGGAAGUAAGAAGAGCAUGGUGCAGCUGUUCCCGCUGAAGGCAAAAAAAAAGACAAAAAUCAAGAGGUGAUGUAGUGUAAAUCUGAUCCAGUUGUUUCCAGAUGUGUUAUGUUGAGGGUUAACAAAAAAUCCCUCCGCUCUUAGUCGUUUUAAUUGUUCUGUGUUUGUUUUUCAAGGGGGUUCUGUUUUAUUGUAAUUGUUUCUGGAUCAUAGACGUCUGUACAAACAGAACUGGUGUAUUUUGAGUCAAAUGAAGAGAUGGAAAUGGAGGAUCCUACUUGCAUACACUCAUACAGACUAACUGACAUUUUUGCAAAACCUCAGAAACUUUGGAAGUAAAAAAAAAUAAAUAAAACAAUCUAAAUUUAAUGCCAUAGACCUACUGUUUUGUUAUGCAUUGCUUGAAUUUAAAGUAACAGCAACAUGCAUUAUUAUAAUCGCUAAUUUCUGCAUCUGUGUGUACAUUAAUGUGUGCACAAAGAAAAGAGGAAAAGAUCUUAUGUCUGUUUUGGGUUUUAGAGCUUACGGUGAAUUCCGUUGAGGUCGUUUAUCGCAGCAUAUGAUGUAGCCAAAAUGAAAGCCUGUUUGCUAGCGUUGAGAACAUUUCCACACCACUACAGGUGCUAUAUAAACAGUGUUGAAUCCUGUCUCGAGAGCAAGAUGCAAACUUUCUUGUAUGAGCAGUUUUUACAGAAGAAAGCUCAAAGCUAGAGCCAUACAGCGCAGCCAGAUUGAAGACGGCGUGGGGAGCAGGGUUCUUUUUUUUUUUAGGCUCAUUCCUCUCAAAGCCAGUUGUUUCUUGGGUAAAAUAAGCUAUUUCUGUAUAUUGCCAAAUUUACUUGAAACAGACAGUAGGAUUUUCUGGCAGCCAAAUCACACGUGUACACACACAAACACAUAUAGCACACAGGGGGCUUGUUAUUCACAUAUAAAAUCACUCAGGGGUGGGGGGACAUUGAGGCUUCCCAUUUGAAAUACUUACAUUCAAAUGGAUUCACACAGAACAUUUCUUAAUAAUAAAACCUAAUACUUUGUGCUUGUGAACUUGUAACCUGUGAACUUUUGGUCGUCGAGAUGAAGGGAUGGAAGGAGGAUUAAUGUCAGGAUUAUUAAGUCACGCAUGUCUGUUAUUUUUUGGGGGUUUCCUGUCAUAACUAUUUCUCUUCCUAUUGUUGGACUUGUGACACAGACACAGCCCCUCAUGGACACGCCUGGUGCUCCUGCAGGUGACUUCCUGUAUCUCCUGACUUGUGUAGUGUUUCUCUACCAAGUAGAUUUCAGCUGAAUUAAUCUCACAAGGAUGUGUAAUAUCUCACGAUGCAUACAGCACAGCCGUCUGUAUGCAUGUCUGUAUUUAUGCAUUAUGAAUCGUGUGAAGAUGCAUAUGUACUCGCUGUUUGUCCUUAUAUACUCAUGUUAGUACUUGACCCUUGGAUUUUUUGUGAUACCUCUGUAGUUGAAGAAUUAUUGAACAAAGUUACACGCUGGGUAAGUGGGAACACUGUUACCAGCGAUUUAAUUGUCGAACCAGAUUUUUUUGUUUGUUUGUUUUAAUGGUCACAAGAACCAUUGUUGUAGCAUCUGGAAGCUCUGGUACCCCCUUUUCUGUUUGGGGUAGUGACAUGAAGUGUAUUCCCUGCUGUGUAUAAUAGUGUACAGAUUUGUGUAUAUCAUUUUGACACCAAGGCAGAAGAGCGGGUGUGCAUGGUUAGCUGGAAUGGGCUAAUGUGCUAUCUGAGGUUUAGUGCAUGGGUUAGCAGAACUCCCCCUCAACCCUCCAAAUGGUUCCGUCCCAUUGCAGACAUUGUAAUGCAGAGAGGACCAAGUAUUUUUAUCAGCCAAACACGCUCUCUGUUCUUUUUUGGCAGGAGGAGCUCUUGCACCAUCUUGCUCAUUUAAUGCCCAAAUCUUAUGAAGAGGCUAGCUUGUUAUAAGACAAGCUAGCAGCUAGUCAGUGUGUGGCCAAGACCAAAGUGGAGUGCAGCCAUUUUAAAACAACUCCCAUCUCAUAAACCUCAUAGGAAUUCAUGUGAGCACCAUCCCCUGUUAAUUUUGCGUUACACUGUUAUUGACUUAUAUUUCUAUGGGUUUUUGCAAGUGCAAUUGGCCACAUCAGCUGUGCAGCCUGGCUGAAAUAUUUUGAUGUUCUUGCUGGAAUAACAGUGUAAUUUAACAACGAGAACAAUGUAAAGGUUCAUAAAAUAGUGUUUACAUGAAUUGCUAUGAUUUUUUGAGUGGUUUUUAGACGUCAGCAGUCCACUUUGAGUAGCCGUUAGCUCGUCAGUCAAGUCAAAUUUAAAUUUAAAUUCUCCAAAUUGAGGGCUUUCAAAAAGCUUUCCAUAGCAGGUAAGAUAUUACUUGAUCAUACAUUUUCCACAGAACACUUGAAAAGCUCUGAACCGUGGUUUUAAUAGGGUUAAUAUUCCAAGUGAUUCCAUAUGUGUAGACAGGAAACGUAUUCUUGUUUUACAUGAACACCCUGGUGCUUUUCAACCAGCUGGUUCGAACAUUGAUUUAAUUUUAUUUUUAAAGACGCUGGAAUACAUCUAAAACUUGCAGAACACUAUCAUUUGUUUAGGCCAGCUAAGCAUUUAAAUUCACCCACACUGAUUGUAUUUAAUAUUACUUCUGUAGUUACCCUGUGAAGAACACUGAGAAGGUGAAUCUUGUGAUCGAUGUGAUCUUUUGUAUAUAAAGAUAAGAUUAUUGAUCCCUGAUAAGCUGUGUAGGUUUCACUUGCAGAGAAGUUACAUUUUCUAUGUUCAGUGUCAAGUGUUUCAGCUCUUCUAGGAGUCACAGUGGUGCUUUUCCUUCAAUACCACCACUCUAUGCUACUACCUUUGUUCAAGCACAGCUGACCUCCCCUUUACGCCCAACACACACACGCAGCACAUCAUGUGCUGGCUUAAAGCUAAGAAAAGAGAAAACAUCGACAUACCACUAGAAACCUUAAUGACCUCUUGGACGUUUUGUAUUUUUCUCUUGUUAAGAGUCCCAGGCCAGCUCCUUUUCCAUACACACCUCUGAACUUUGCCCUUUAUUAAUCUUACUUCUUCUCAACUCAAUGUUAGUGGGUAUUUUACCUGUGUAUUCCAUUUUGAAUUGUAAUCUAGUUUGUAUAAGAAAUGGUGCGCAUGUAAAUAAAGCU